CUAAAAAUUGCUUCUUCUUAAAUUUAUUUGUCUAAAAUAUACCACGUGAAAAUGACAACGAUAACUAAAAAGGGUAAAAAGAAAAAAGUUUCGAAGAAAAACAAAAUUGCAUGGCGUAAACAUACCGAUAUUAAAGAUGUAGAUAAAUUCUUAGAAGAUAAACGUUUAGAAGAACGCUUGGGAAAACCAUUUGCAGAACGUGAAGAUGAUGAAUUAUUUCAAAUCGAUACAAAACCUGUAUCGAAUAAAAAUGAAGCAACAAAAACUCGUAAAAUAUCGUAUGAACCAAAAUGUUUUAACAUGUUAAAAAGUCAUUCGGAAGUUCCAGAUCCAAUUAGUAAAAGAAAUCAUGUUAAACCACCAGGAACAAAAUCACAUCCACUUGUUGCUAAAAAACGAUUAGAAAAAGAAAUUAAAAAAAGUAUGAAUUUAUUGAAUAAACAGAAGAAGAGAAAAACGAAAAAUGAAACACCGUUUGAAACUAAAGAGGAUAUUUGGAAUGUAGAAGAUGUUCAUAUAGUAGAGAAAGAUAUGUGGUUAGAAAAGGAUACUGUACGUCAUACCCUAACAAAUUUGGGAAAGCUAAAAAAACAUACUCCUGUAUCUAUUCAGAAAAAACCAACUAUUAUUCCUACAAUUGAGACACCACGAGGUGGAAUGUCGUAUAAUCCAAGUUUAGAGGAUCAUCAAAAUCUUUUGAAAGAAAUUGCUGAUAAAGAAGAAACAUUAAUAAAACGAGAUCAACAUUUGAAUCGUGUUACAACUAAAAUGUUUAAACGAAUGUCCGCUGUGCAAAAGGAGGCAAAUACUUUUGCAGAACUAAUUGAAGGAUUACCGAUUGAAACAAAGAAAAAUAAAAAAGGUAAAAAAAAGAAAACUAAUGAAAAUUUAUCAGAAAGUGAUGGAGAAUAUGGCGCUAUAAAUGCUCCUGUCGUAAAUAAAAAGAAAGACACAAAACAACGACGCAAACAAAGAGAGCAAAAACUAUUAGAACGACAACGACAAUUGAAAAAAAUGGAAAAAAAGAAAAUCCAUGAUAUACUAAAUGUAACUAAAUUAAAGGAAGAUUUACAAUCACACGAUAAAAAAUGCGAAAUACUUAAAGAGAAACGGGAGAAAAAAGCAAAAUAUGCGGAAUUAGAACCAAAACGUUUAGCUGCUACAAAAUUUGAAAAUCCUGAUUUAGAAUUUAAUUUAGGUCAGGAUAUUGCUGGUAAUUUACGCAAUGUUAAACCGGAAGGUUCAUUGUUAUUUGAUCGAUUUAAGAGUUUACAAAAACGGAAUAUUUUAGAACCAUCUAAAAUACGUAUGAAGAAAAAGCGUAAAGUUAAGCCAUAUGUAAAAUCUGACCAUAAAAUAGAUUUUUAA